UGUUUCCACAGCCAAUACAGAUUUUAUAAAACCCAUUUAUUUUCCCCGUUUGGGCUAAACCCGCCUCUUCUUGCGACAAAAACCCCGACCUCUCCAAUCUCGCACGACUCAUCUUCUCUCCUGUCUCGCGGUUGCAGCUCGCAUUUGUUGCUCUAGCAAGGGGUUACUUUGGUGGCAAAUGCUAAUUUCUAGACUUUCAAGAGUUGGAUUUCCAAUAAUCAGAGCUCUUUCAAGAGGCAUUUCUACACAUGUAUAUAGAACAGGAUAUACCGAAAGCUCCUGUUGUCGGAGAAAUCGGUAUGAAUUGCAGCCAGAAACCUGGUGGUUCCAUGGUGCCAUAUUUCAGAGGAAUCGCCGUUGUUUCACCUCAGCGGCCAAUGCCGACUCUGCAGAUAAAGGAGAACAGCAAGAAAUAUCUGUGACAUUUGUCGACAAGGAUGGAGAGGAAAACCACAUUAAGGUCCCAGUUGGAAUGUCUAUGUUAGAAGCUGCACAUGAAAAUGAUAUAGAGCUUGAAGGAGCAUGUGAAGCGUCACUUGCCUGUUCAACAUGCCAUGUAAUCGUUAUGGACAUGGACUACUACAAUAAAUUAGAAGACCCAACUGAUGAGGAGAAUGAUAUGUUGGAUCUUGCUUUUGGGCUUACAGAAACAUCUCGUCUGGGUUGCCAAGUGAUUGCAAAACCUGAACUUGAUGGGGUUCGCUUGGCCAUUCCUUCCGCUACUCGAAAUUUUGCUGUUGAUGGGUAUGUUCCAAAACCACACUAGACAUGAUAUAAAGUUGGGAAGUGUUUGCUGAGUGCAAGAAUGAGAUCAUCCCAGUUUUGUAGCUCUUGUAUUCAUUGGCUUUAUGAGCUUCUUUUCCAACAUAAUUAAUGCCCUUUUGAAGUCGGUGAUACCUAAAGCGUUUUUAUUUCCUUAGGAUAAUAUUCAUGUUACAAUUAUUUUAUUGAAUGCUUGAUGACAAGAGGAAUAGGUGAUCAAGGCUUUGUUGAGCAUGACCUCAAGGAGGUUUGUGGUGUAAUACUAUUUCUGGUGUCUUUUUCUUAUCACAAGUUCUCCAUUUUGGAGCUAAAUGCUUUGUUAUUUGCUGAAUAAAGUGUUCGGUCACAACAAUUUUCAUGGGA